AUGAGAAGUUUAGCCCGGCUACCUAUUCUUUGUUUCUUUACCUGCUCGGUUUUGCCGAUCUGUGUUCUGUCGUUCAACGUAGACACAGACAACUCGAUUGUAUUCAAAGGCCCUAGGAACAGCUUUUUUGGAUAUUCCGUUGCUAUUCUGGAGAAUUCUCAGGGCACAUGGUUGUUGGUCGGUGCACCUCGAGCAAACGACUCAUCCCUUCCUGGAGUUUACCAACCCGGAGCUGUGUUCCAGUGUAACUGGCAAUAUCGAAGCAGUUGCCAGCAUGUGUUUAUUGAUGACAUCGGAAAUGAAAAACAAGUAAUUGAAAAGUGGAAGAAUAUUACAGUGCAGCACAGCAAGGAUAACCAGUGGAUGGGAGCUUCUGUUGAUGUGAACAUCCAUGGCGAUUCACGAGUAACGGUCUGUGCUCCAAGGUGGAUAGACAAGAAAUUUGAAGUUCAAGGUAUUCAACUGAUGAAUGGACUAUGCUAUGAGACAAGCCGUGAUUUACACUUUGAUGAAACAAGUGCAUAUCCCGCGUUAGAAAACUGGAAGAAACAAGUUCAUGCUGCAGGCUACUUCUCUUAUGGAAUGGGUAGCCUCGGAAUAUCUGUCUCUUAUUCAAAAGACGGUAAAUUUUCUGUCAUUGGAGCACCAGGACUGAACUACUGGGCAGGUGGCUUUGUUUAUAAUGAAGGGGACCCGACAAAAAGACCUAAAGUUGUGGAGCUUUCUGCUGACAUGGAGAGCAGUUCGUAUUUUGGUAUGGCCAUUACAACAGCUAGAUUGUCUGCCGAUGGAAUUCAUACAAUUAUUGGAGGGCCUAGAGCUGGAGGUGUCGGUAAAGUCUACGCAUACAACAAUGAUUUUCAAUUGCUGUUUGCAAAGGAAGGAAACCAGAUAGGCAGUUCCUUUGGUGCUGCACUUUGUGCUGUGGAUCUAAAUGGCGAUAACUUAGAUGAGCUGGUGAUUGGUGCUCCAUUUUUCUCAGAUGUUCUAGAUGAGGGAAGAGUCUAUGUCUACAUGAACAGAGAAUUUUUCAACCUGGAAUUAAUGGCAACACUGGUAGGAUCAAAUACUCCAGGCUCCAGGUUUGGGAGUGCUGUAGCUAAUGUUGGAGACCUGAAUCUGGAUCAUUAUGAAGAUAUAGCAGUCGGUGCACCAUAUGAAGAAGACUCUGGAGUUAUUUAUAUCUUCAAUGGUGCCAAACAUGGCUUAUUCCAUAAACCUUCACAGAGGAUUGUGGGUAAAAGUUUAAGAAAGGAUCUUAAAAGUUUUGGGUGGUCAUUCUCUCAGCCCUGGGAUGUUGACGGGAACCAUUAUGGAGAUUUUGCAGUUGGAUCAUAUGAAUCUGACAUGGUUGUCUUGUUGAGAGCCCGGCCAGUGUUUAAUCUGUUUGCUAGCCUUGAGGCCAACCCUGCUGUCAUUGACCUUAAUGGCAAAUCAAACUGUGUUUAUCACGGACAGCUAUGGCAUUGCUCGGAAGUUUCUGUGUGUUUACGCUACACAGGCCAAAAUCUGCCACCUUCAGCUGAAUUAAACAUUACACUGAGACUGGAUGUCAUUCAACGCCAUCUAGGUGAAAGACCAAGACUGUUUUUUCAUUCUGAAGAAGAUACAGAAAUAGAAAGCACUGAUGAUCUUGUUACAUUAAGACUUGAUCGAGUCUCAUGCUCGAAAAAGUACACUGUUUACACAAGGAAAGUCAGAGAUAUUGUCACACCCAUAAUGCUGGAACUGGAAUUUAAUACUGUGUCCAACUCUUUUGGAAUGGCCAGCAUGAGUGUUAGUGAACCAGUCAGGAACAAAUAUAAUCCAAAUGUGGUCAACAGUAUGAUCGUGUUUGCUUUGGACUGUGGAGAAGAUCACAUUUGUAACUCUAGCUUAGGCAUACAAACAACUGCUAUAUUUGAUAGUGGUGGCAAUUAUCUCAUGAUUGAUGAUUCGCCAUCGUUUGAGUUGGAAAUAGUCAUAACCAACUCCGGGGAAGUAUCUUAUCUUACAGUGGUUACCAUAGAGUACCCUUCAAUUGUUGACUUUUCAUCCAUGACUGUGAUUGAAGGAACCACAAGCGUGAACUGUGUUCCAGAAUCAGAAGAGGCAGACAAUGCCAGUUUGCAUUGUGAUAUUAUGUCACCUGUAACAUCAAAAGAAAAAGUGGUGUUAAGAGCCAGAUUUUACACCUAUGGUAUUCCAUAUGACAUUCACAAACUUGAAGUGAAAACAAAAGUAAUAUCAGUGAGCUCUAGCCUGAAAAGAAAUAGCAGUGAAGUGGAAAAUGUACUUAUCAUUCCAGUACGAAUGAGGACAGACAUUAGAUUUUAUGGAGUAUCAAUUCCUGGACUACUGGCUAUGCCCCAUGAACUGAUAACAUUACGUGAAGAAGAUAUGUGGUCACAUUUGUCCCACAUUUAUAUCUUGCGCAACCUAGGCCCUAGUCCAAUGCCACAUGGUCAGCUGACCUUGUCAGUCCCAGUGUCAGACUGGGUAAAGUUAAACAAUGUCCAGAUUGAAACAAGAGGCACAUCAGAUGCCUUUUCGCAUGUACCAGUAGAAUGCAGCAUGCCGACUGACAGAAAUGAAACACACCCUAGUCAUACAGAUGAAAAAAGCAAAACUAAACAUGGAGUUGAUUCGAUUUAUUUAAUUGACUGUGAAUUAGAAACCUGCUUCAAUGUGACCUGCUAUGUUGGACUCCUGCACAAAUAUGAGACUGUUUAUAUCAACCUAAGCUUGGCUAUAAAAACAAAUGUUUUGCAGGCUUUAGAGGAUUAUGAUAAACUGGAUGUGGUGACUUCAGGACUUCUCAGGAAACCCGACUAUAAAUCUUACAACUCACUGACUCCAGGCAUUAGCACCAUG